AUGGAAGGCCUUACCAGGAAAACGUUCACAACGUCACGCGCACUGACGUACACUUACUACGAUACCCAACCUGACACGUCUUCAUCGAGGACCACAAGCCCAACCUCCUCCUUGGCAGCCGCCCGCAACACGAACGGUACCCGGAACAGCAAUGGCUACCACGCCAACAAGCCGCCAAUCCUGUUCCUGCACGGUUUCCCGGACAGUGCCUUCCUGUGGUCGCGUAUCAUCCCGGCCCUUCGGCCCCUUUCGCACCGUAUGAUCGCGCCCGACCUGCUCGGCCAUGGCGCGACGUCGAAGCCGGCCGAACCGGCCAUGUACACCUCCGAUCUCAUGACCUCCGACCUCGCCGAACUUCUCGCGAACGAGGGCAUCGCACAGGUUAUCGUCGUCGGCCACGACUGGGGCGCCUUCCUUGCCCAACGCAUGUGGCUGUGGAAAGGAACCGCGCUGGUCGCUGGCCUGGUGCUCGUGAGCAUCGCUUACAUGCCGCCCGAUAGGGAGUCGCCCUUCAACCUGGAAUACCUGAACUACGCUCUCGAGGAGGCGACGGGCUACGCUAGGUAUGCGUAUUGGGAGUUCUUCACCGAGCCGGAUGCGCCGGAAUUGACACAGCAGCGGGCUGAAAGCUUGUGGUGUGCGCUGCACGGGAGCCGCCCCAACUGUUUGAGGGAUAUAUUUUGCAGACGCGGAGCGGUCCGGGCGUACCUUGAGGCAGAUACCAGGGAGGAAGUUAAGGACUACGCAAAGGAUGGGAGUGUCUGGAAGGAGGAGUACUUGGCCCGGACGAGGGAACACGGGUUUGAUGGGGCCUUCAACUGGUACAAGGUUUACGUGCUCGGGUUGAACUGGGAGAAGGAGAGGCAUAUACGUGGGGAUAGGUUAACAGUUCGUGUGCCAACCUUGUUCCUAGCCUGCUCGCACGAUGACAUUUGUUUGCCUUCGUUCAUUGAGCCGUCGAGACAGGCUGGACUGCUGCCAGAUUUGGAAAUCAGGCAGAUUGAUGCCACGCACUGGGUUACAAUGGAGAAGCCGGACGAGACGGUGCACGCGUUGUCUUGCUGGCUGAAAGACCGAUGGUUGUAA